AUAAAUCAAAGUCCAAUAAUAAACUAAGUUAAAAUAGAUAAAAAUAGACGAAGUUACGAUAGAUCAAAAAUAAGUCCAAUAAUAGUUUAAAGGCGACGAUAGAUAUAAGGGAAAUCCAGUAACUUAGUGUUAAGUGAUAAAGGAAUAACGUUAACAGGUGAAAUUCCUUGAAGCUGGUGGUUUACGUGGUUUAUAAAUUAGCGUUAAACCCGCUUUUGUGCUGAUGGUUUAAGAAUGACUGAGGUGAUGGAUAUAGCUGACAUGACAUCGAAGGUGAAUGAAAGUGAUGUGGGACAAGAUGAGAGAGUGACACUACAGCUGGAGAGUGUGAACAUGACGCCUUGGUCAGGUGACAACAGUAGCUGGGACAACGGCCUCAUCAACGGGAGCACAACAGAGGCCCAUAUGUACAUCAUAGAUCACAUCCAGCAGUGGUUGACUCCCGUGUUGGUGGUGUUUGGUUGUGUGGGUAACAUAACCAGUGUUUGGGUCUUCCAUUCAAGCAAACUACGAUCUCUCAGUUCUUCCUGCUACCUGGCCGCCCUAGCCGCCUCCGACACUGUGUUCCUGCUGACGCUUCUGCUGGUCUGGCUCUCUAUGGUAGGCUACGACCUGCUGAACCAGCCUGGCUGGUGCCAGGCUAUCAUCUACGCCAGCUACGUUGCUACCUUCCUCAGCGUGUGGCUGGUGGUAGCCUUCACAGUAGAGAGGUUUAUCGCUGUGUGCUAUCCGCUACUCAGAGCAGCUGUGUGUACGGUACGGCGCGCCAGGCUAGUCAUACUAGCACUAACUAUCGUAGCGUUGUUACUAUACUCGUAUCUCGUGGUAGCAGCGGCUCCGGGGAUGCACCCCACGGCAGGGCGUACCAUGUGCAAGGUACGGCCACAGUACGUGCAGGUAGCCACUACCAUGAACCACAUUGAUACCGUGCUGACGCUAGUACUACCCGUCCUCCUGAUAGUCACUCUCAAUGUCAGGAUCGCGCGUUGUGUCUGGCAUGUAGAGCGCCUCAGACACUCCAUGACACUAGCCCACUCCCACACCGCCUCUAACGACGGGUGUGGGCGGUGGGCAGGUAGCGAGGAGGGCACGAGUGUGUUAAGUGUGGGCAGUGGGCGUGGAGGGCCCGUCCCACGAGUCAGGUCACAGAACAAGGUCACCAAGAUGCUACUAAUUAUCUCUACUGUCUUUAUCCUGCUCAACAUGCCUUCUUACGUCAUGCGAGCCUACAUACUCUUCUGGUGUGGAGAGCAGUGUGACGAGAGUGUGGUCUUCUAUACGCUACAACAGACCUUCACGCUGCUCUUCUACACCAACUUCGCUAUCAACUUCCUACUGUACUGCGUCACGGGACAGAACUUCCGACGGGCGGUGGCGGGGAUGUGUCUGACCGCCCGCCGCUGCCGCCGCCGACGCCGCCGCAACCGUCGCCACCCGCACCACGCCCACCCCUCCCCAGGUUCCACCCACAUGCCGUGUUCCACCCGCUACCCGCUUUCCACUCUCAACCUCAACCCAACAGGGUCGGUGAUCAACAUUCAGCAAUGGGAAGCUCAGCCACAGCAGCAACAGCAGCAGCAGCAGCAAGAUAGCGUCCCCGCCCUCAACCACCGCCCACAACACCCGCCCACCACCACCACGCCCAACGGCCACACCCGCCUCACCACCCUACCCGACGAGAAAGAAGAUUCUUUCUGA